AUGGGACGAAAAGCUGUUGAUAGUGCUAUAAAAAGAAGCAUUAUUGUUCUACGCGAUAGUGGUAUGUCUCAACAUGAAAUUUCUCGAAAAUUAAAAAUUUUUCGGCAUUGUGUUCAACAAACUAUUCGCAAAUUUAAUGAACUUCACACACUAGCUAUAAAAUCUGGAGCUGGACAUCAUUCGAAACUAACGGAUCGUCAAAAACGAGCAGUUAAAUUACAACAAGUUCGCGAUGACACUCUUUCCUUGACUGAUCUUGUCCGAUUUCGAAAUGAUUUAAAACGAUUUGAACGUUCUCAACAACGAGUCCAUAGAGGUGGUGGUGUUGGUAUUUGGUCUUAUCUAACAUGUCAUGCAUUUGAAAAAUUUCUACCACAUUCAUCUCAUGAAAUUUUACUUCAACAAGAUAAUGCUCGUCCUCAUGUAUCAAUUAAAACGCGAAAAUAUUUUAAGAAAAAACAUCUUCAUCCUAUUCCAUGGCGAGCAAAUAGUACUGAUUUAAAUUUAAUAGAGAAUAUUUGGUCUAUGCUCGAUGAUAAACUUCUUAAGUUUAAUAUUAAUAACACUGAACAAUUGAAAACCGCAAUGCAAAUGGCAUGGCUGGAGAUCUCAAAUGAUACAGUACGAAAACUCUUUGAAUCCAUGCCAAAAAGAAUCCAACAAGUGAUCAAUCGUCGAGGUUUUGCUUAUCGAUAUGAGUCUUUCUAUGUAUUAAAAAGAAAUAUGUAUCAAAAAUAA